AUGUCGCAACCCUACGGCGAGUCUGCUGGCUACUACGGUGGCCAGCAGCAACAACAGCAGCCUCCCUACGAUCAAAAGUAUACCCAGCAGUACAAUAAUGGAUACCAGCAAGACUACAAUCAGCAACAAAACUACCAGCAGGGCGGUUACCAGCAAGGCUACGCCCCUCCGCCGCCUCCUCAGCAGGGCUUCGAUAAUGGGAGCAACGGCUACGGAUACAAUGCGCCGCCCCAGGGCUACGAUCCCGAGAAGUACACUUUUGAGGAAGCAUUCAAGAUUGAGAAGCCCAAGUGGAACGACCUCUGGGCUGCUGUUCUGUUCCUUGCCGUCUUCCUUGGCUUCGCGGCCGUCUCAGGCCUGACGAUAUCCGGCUACUCUGCGACAAAGGGCCUCAAUGGCGGCGGCAUCUACGAUGGAGGUAACACCUUCGGCCUCAGCACGAACACAAUCGUCCUCUUCGCCUUCGUUCUCGCGGUCGCAAUCGUUCUAAGCUAUGCGUACGUCUGGAUGGCGCGCCUCUUCCCCAAGGCCUUCAUCUGGGUCACGGGCAUCCUCAACAUCGUCUUCGCCCUCGUCACCGCAAUCUACAUGCUCUCGCGCAAGUACUACUCGGGCGGGAUUGUCUUCCUCAUCUUUGGCGUCUUCCUCGUCUUCGCCUUCAUCAGCUGGAUCCCCCGCAUCCCCUUCUCCGCUCUGAUGCUCAAGACUUCGAUCCAGGUCUCCAAGAAGUACGGCCACGUCUACCUUGUCUCCUUCCUGGGCGGCAUGCUCGGUGCCGCAUUCGCGGCUUGGUACUCCGUCACCCUUGUCGCGACCUACUCCAAGUACCAGCCGUCGCAGAACAACCCUCAGUGCAGGAGUGGCCAGUGCAGCCAGGGCAAGGUUAUUGGACUGAUCGUCUUCAUCACCUUUGCCAUGUACUGGAUCUCGGAGGUGCUCAAGAACGUGAUUCACGUCACCAUUUCAGGGGUCUACGGCUCGUGGUACUUCUGCGUCAACAACUUCCCUAAGGGCGCGACUCGCGGCGCGCUCAAGCGCUCUCUGACCUACAGCUUCGGCUCCAUCAGCUUCGGUAGCUUAAUCGUCGCCAUUAUCAACCUCCUCCGCCACCUGUGUUCCGUCGCCCAACAGCAGUCGGCCGCGGACGGCAACAUUGUUUCGUACGUGCUAUUCUGCAUCUUGAGCUGCCUCAUCUCUCUGCUCGACUGGGCCGUGACGUUCCUCAACCGAUAUGCCUUCUCGCACAUUGCCCUCUACGGCAAGGCCUACAUCCCCGCAGCCAAGGACACCUGGAAGAUGAUUAAGGAUCGCGGCAUCGACGCCCUUGUCAAUGAAUGCCUCAUCGGCCCCGUUCUCUCCUUCGGCGCCACGUUCAUCGGUUAUGCUUGCGCUUUCCUUGCCUAUCUGUACAUGGUCUUCACCAACCCCGCCUACAACCAGGGCGGCAACUACACCCCUGUUGUCGUGGCCUUCUCCUUCCUCAUCGGCUUGCAGAUCGCCAACGUCUUCACCACGCCCAUCUCGAGUGGUAUCGAUACCAUUUUCGUGGCCUCUGCUUGGGACCCCCAGGUUCUCAUGCGCGAUCACCCUCAACUGUACGAUGAGAUGGUUCGCGUGUACCCUCAGGUCCAGCAGGCUAUCCACGCCUAA